AUGUCUAUUCCUAAACAAUUACUCCCAUUCAAGACUUCUCAAGUCUUCCAUAAAACAUGGGCUGGUACAUUCUACUGUAAACCACAAGCUAUUUUCCAACCUAGAAAUGUUCAAGAAAUUGCUGAAUUAGUCAAUCAAGCAAGGAUCAAUAAAAAGACUAUUAUGACUGUUGGAUCAGGACAUUCCCCUUCAGAUUUAACCAUGACCAAUGAAUGGUUAUGUAAUUUGGAUAAGUUCAAUCAUAUUUUGAAAGAAGAACCUCACUAUGGUCCAAUUGGUGAUAGUGGAGAAAAAGAAGUGAAAUUUGUUGAUUUAACCGUUGAAGCUGGUUGUAGAGUAUUUGAAUUAAAUGAAUAUUUAAAGACUAAUGAAUUGGCUAUUCAAAAUUUGGGUUCAAUUUCCGAUCAAUCAAUUGCAGGUUUGAUUUCUACUGGUACUCAUGGAUCUUCACAAUACCAUGGUUUAGUUAGUCAACAAGUUGUUUCUAUCAAAGUUAUGAACUCUCAAGGUGAAUUGGUGACUUGUUCAUCUAUCGAAAACCAAGAACUUUUCAGAGCUGCUUUAUUAUCUUUGGGUAAAGUGGGUAUCAUUACUCACGUAACCUUGAGAACUAUUCCAAGAUAUACCAUCAAAUCUAAACAAGAAAUCAUUAAAUUUAAAACUUUGUUGGCUAAUUGGGAUAAUAUUUGGUUAGAUUCUGAAUUCAUUAGAAUUUGGUGGUUCCCUUAUUCUGAAACUUGUGUUUGUUGGAGAGCUUCAAAAUCAACUGAUGCUUUAAGUGAUCCAAGACCAAGUUGGUACGGUACUUUUGUUGGAAGAUUAUUUUAUGAAUCUUUGUUGUUUGUUUCUGUUCAUUUAUUCCCAAGAUUAACUCCUUAUGUUGAAAAAUUUGUUUUCAAACAACAAUAUGGUAAUGUUGAAACUUUAGGUAAAGGAGAUAUUGCUGUUCAAAAUUCCGUUGAAGGUUUAAAUAUGGAUUGUUUAUUCUCUCAAUUUGUUAAUGAAUGGGCUUUACCUUUAUCCAAUGGACCUGAAACUUUAUUAAAAUUGGAUGAAAUCAUUAAAAAAUCUGCUGCUAAAGGUGAUUAUUUUGUUCAUGCCCCAAUCGAAGUUAGAUGUUCAAAUAUGACUGUUUCAAAUAAACCUUAUGUUAAUGAUGAAGGUGAAGAUUCUUUAUAUCCUUCACAAUCUUGGUUAUCCACUAGAACCAAAAUAAGUCAAGGUCCAAUCAACGGUAAUAAUUUAAGACCUUAUUUAGAUAAUUCCCCUGAAAACUUAACUCAUGUUGAUCAAGAUAAAAUCACUAACGAUCAAUUAACUUUAUUCUUGAAUGCUACUAUGUAUAGACCUUUUGGUACUAAUGUCGAUACUAGACAAUGGUUCCAAGAUUUCGAAGAUAUUGUUAUGUUAGCUGACGGAAAGCCUCAUUGGGCGAAGAAUUUCAUCGGUUUAGAACAUGAAAAUAUUCCUGAAGAUGAUGAAAGUUAUCAAUUGAAAUAUGGUGGUAAGAAAUUCUACCUGAUGAUUGGUUUUGAUUCUGUUAUGAAGAAAUGGUUCGGUACUCAUUUAACUGAUUAUAAUAAUGUUAGAAAGAAGAUGGAUCCCGAAGGAGUGUUUAUGAGUGGAAAGAAUUGGAUUGUCAGAAAUGGUAUUUCAGUCGAUGAAUAG